CUCGAGUCGGCCCCCUCCUGACUUGCUCUCGGGUCGGCCCAGUGAGCGGCGCGCGGAGGAUCGGGGCGCUCGGGCCUCUUCGUCCGCGGGCUGCGCGGCGCGCACCAUGGCCGGCUGCUGCUGCCUGUCGGCCGAGGAGAAGGAGUCGCAGCGCAUCAGCGCCGAGAUCGAGCGGCAGCUUCGCCGGGACAAGAAGGACGCGCGCCGCGAGCUCAAGCUGCUGCUGCUGGGAACUGGUGAAAGUGGCAAAAGCACCUUUAUCAAGCAGAUGAGAAUUAUCCAUGGGUCUGGUUACAGCGAUGAAGACAGAAAGGGGUUCACAAAGCUGGUUUACCAAAACAUAUUCACCGCCAUGCAAGCCAUGAUCCGAGCCAUGGACACCCUGAGGAUACAGUACCUGUGUGAGCAGAAUAAGGAAAAUGCCCAGCUAAUCAGAGAAGUGGAAGUAGACAGGGUCUCUGCGCUCUCCGAGGACCAGGUGCAGGCCAUCAAGCAGCUCUGGCUGGACCCAGGAAUCCAGGAGUGUUACGACAGGAGGAGGGAGUACCAGCUCUCAGACUCUGCCAAAUAUUACCUGACUGAUAUUGACCGGAUCGCCUUGCCGUCAUAUGUGCCGACGCAGCAAGAUGUGCUUCGUGUUCGCGUGCCCACAACUGGCAUCAUCGAGUAUCCGUUUGACCUGGAAAACAUCAUCUUUCGGAUGGUGGAUGUGGGUGGCCAGCGAUCUGAAAGGCGGAAGUGGAUCCACUGCUUUGAGAGCGUCACCUCCAUCAUAUUCUUGGUUGCGCUGAGUGAAUACGACCAGGUCCUGGCUGAGUGUGACAAUGAGAACCGCAUGGAAGAGAGCAAAGCCCUAUUUAAAACCAUUAUCACCUACCCCUGGUUUCUGAACUCAUCCGUGAUUUUGUUCUUAAACAAGAAGGAUCUUCUGGAAGAGAAAAUCAUGUACUCUCAUCUAAUUAGCUAUUUCCCAGAAUACACAGGACCGAAGCAAGACGUCAAAGCCGCCAGAGACUUUAUCCUGAAGCUCUAUCAGGACCAGAACCCGGACAAGGAGAAGGUCAUCUACUCCCACUUCACGUGCGCCACGGACACGGAGAACAUCCGCUUUGUCUUCGCUGCCGUCAAGGACACCAUCCUCCAGCUGAACCUGAGGGAGUUCAACCUCGUCUAAACGCUGCUGCCCACACCUCGCCAACCAGAGACGGGAUUCACUAGCCCCUCGCUUUCCUUCUGAGAGCUUGACAUGCGCCAUCCCAGCUCCCUGGGCAGUACCGCACCAAGUCCGCCCUGCAGGCCACAGGGACGGAGAUGGGCCACGGAGCUUGUAAGACAUUUGAAUUUAGCAAAACUUUUUCAAAGUCUUGAUUUCAAAAUUGUUUUUAUAUUUCCUUUCUUGACUUUCGGCUUAAGAUUUUGUGUAGUGAUUGAGUUUGAGGUUUUAUAGAAUUUUUUAAAAAGCCAUCAUAAUUUACUGUUUUUUUAAAGAAAUAAAUUUAAGUGUGUUUGUUAAUUUAGAGAUCAUGCUUUGAGACCACUAGAAUUAAUUUGUGUAACUUUGUUUUAAAAAAUAAGUUUUAAGCUUUCUUAUUAUAGCUUGUAAUUUUGAGAGCAUUUUAAAUUGUUUUUCUCUCUUUAUGCUGAAAAGUGUGAUGCUUUUAACAUGCCACCAAAGAUUUUUUUAAAACGGUUAUUUUUUUGUGCUAACUUUUUAAGUCAAAUUAAUGACUAUGUUGAUAUCUAAUUUGGUUUUCCACAUUUGGAUCACCAUGAAGCCAAAGCUGACAUAAGGUAAAUGGGCUCCACAUAGCACCUAUGUUAUCCUGGUGAAAAGUGUAUGUGACCAGGCCUUAUAAACUUAUGAAAUGGCUAAAAGCCACAACUGUUUAACAAAUGUAAUGUAACCCUGCCAGAGGUCUGAUGGCCAUCACAGAUGUGCUGUCUGCACCACGUGGGCCGUGCCUUUCUGAGGAGGCUAAGAAUACACCAUUCUGCCAUUA